AUGUCAACCCCCGGAAAGACCUGUUGCGGCAAUGGAAAUGAACUCCCAGGUGAUCCCCGGACAAUGAAGAGUCGAGUCCUCGAGAGCGGAGCUGCCAUGAUCCAAGACUUCACGCCCGUAAAACAAAUCUGCGCACAUCUCAAUGCAUUCCACAUCUACGCCAACGAUCCAACCCGAUGUGUCGAGGCCGAUCACUAUUGCACUCAUUUAACAGAGGAUAUCCGCCAGUGCCUAGUCUACGACUCGCCCAAGCCAAACGCCCGCCUCAUCGGCGUGGAAUACAUGGUUUCGCCCCGGAUUUUCGCGACUCUUCCUACCGAAGAGCGUAAGCUCUGGCACACACACGAGUUCGAGGUAAACAGCGGCAUGCUGGUCAUGCCAGCACCGGCUGGUGUGCCCGAUGCUGUGUGGGAAGCUGCCGAAACGGCAGAGAUGCACGAUGUUGCGCCUAUCUAUGGCAAGACUUAUCAUUUUUGGCAGGUUGAUCGUGGAGACCCUGUGCCUCUAGGUCCGCCGCAGCUGAUGGGUAGCUUUGUAUCAAAUGAGAGCGUGAAGAUGGCGCAUCCUGCGGGGUUGGAUUCUUUGCUGGAGGACCGGAACAAGAGGUAUGGGGUGGAUCAUCGGCAGAAGGCGAAGAAGAGGGAGGGCAUCAAGCCGGUUGAGAAGCAUCCCGUUAAAGCAGCUCGCUCUGAGCAAGACCAUGCUUCCAAUUCACCACAAAUGGAGCACUUAAUUCGGUCUUUAAUACAGGGUACCAAUCUGCGCACCAUUGGCCGGCUCGCGCUUAAUGGCACCAGCACGUUCUGCGCCUGCGCGCUGAUCUGGGAGCAUCUGAUAACCGUCCAGCUCAGCGAGGGCCCGUCGAUGUACCCCACCUUCGACGUGCGAGGCGACUGGCUCCUGAUAUCGCGCGUCCACCGCAAUGGAAAAGGAAUCAAAGUCGGAGACGUCGUACGAUAUGGCCACCCGAACUUCCAAGGCGUGCAUGUGGCCAAGCGGGUAGUUGGAAUGCCUGGGGAUUUUGUCUGUCAAGACAAGCCGCUUAGUACGGGUGUUGGCAAGGAGGGGAAUAUGAUUCAGAUCCCCGAAGGUCACGUCUUUCUGGCCGGUGACAAUCUUCCCUGGUCUAGGGAUUCGAGGAACUACGGUCCAGUUCCCAUGGGUCUCAUCAAUGGAAAGAUCAUUGCUAGGGUAUGGCCUCUGUCGAAGAUGGAGUGGGUGACCAAUCCGUUGCAACCGGCGCAACUGGAUUCCCAGAACGUUCAGAACAUUUGA